UCUGUCAUUGUUCUACACCAGCUGCAACUAAAAAUGAUACAAGAGAAUCACACUGCAUUAUCUGACUUCAUAUUUGUUGGAUACUCUGAACUCCCAGUUCUAGAAGAGUUGCUGUUUGCGGUGUUCCUCUUGAUCUACAUGAGUAUCAUAACAGGAAAUGGACUUAUCAUUUACAUUAUUAUGACUGAUCCUAUCCUUGAUACCCCAAUGUAUUUCUUUUUGAAGAACCUGGCCUUCCUAGAGAUCCUCUACACUUCAGUCACUCUUCCAAAAAUGCUGGUCAAUUUUGUGGCACAAAAUAAGACCAUCUCAUUUGUUGGCUGCGCUGCCCAGAUCUACUUCAUACUUUUUCUCGGAAGCAUUGAGUGUUUCCUUCUGGCUGCUAUGGCCUAUGACCGAUAUGUAGCCAUAUGUAACCCCUUGCAUUAUAAACUCAUAAUAUGUAAAGAACUCUGUUUAGUACUUGUUACUGGGUCGUUUAUUAUCCCCAUGCCUAUCCAUAUGGGGCAGAUAUACCUACUGUUUACCUUGCCCUAUUGUGGCACUCGUGAAAUUAACAACUUCUUCUGUGAUGUCCUACCUGUGCUGGAGCUGGCCUGUGCAGAUACCAUUGCAAAUGAAGUUUACAGGGUUGUAGCCUCUGCACUAAUCAUAGUCCUCCCUUUUUGUCUUAUCUUUGCUUCUUAUGUCAAAAUAAUAUCUGUAAUUCUGAAGAUGUCUUCAGUUGAAAGUCGGAAGAAAGUGUUUGCCACAUGCUCUUCACAUAUUAUUGUGGUAUCUCUUUUCUAUGGGUCAGGAACUAUUGUCUAUGUAAGUCCCAGGUCAAAAGAGACAUUGAUUGUGAACAAAUUGCUUUCCUUGUUCUACACCAUUUUGAUUCCUAUGCUUAACCCCAUCAUCUAUAGUCUGAGAAAUGAAGAAGUGAAGGUUUCCUUGAGAAAAUUGUUUAGAAAGUGUUAG